AUGGCCAAGAAGACGGGCGAGGCAAGCACCUCUGGCAAGCGUGGGGGAGAGAUGGUGGCGCCAGCACCAUUCCUCAAGCUCUUGAAGACCAACUACAGAGUGUGGUCGAUGUCUAUGGAGGUAUAUUUGGAUUCUCAUGACCUUUGGUAGGCAAUCGUCGGGGAGAAUGUCUCAAAGAAGAAAGAUCGCUUGGCAUUAUCGGCAAUCAUCAGUGCAGUUCCAGAAGAUUUGCUGAUGGUUCUUGACGCCAAGAAGACAGCGAAAGAAAAUUGGGAGAUUCUACGGCAAUGGAACCUCGACGUGGACUGAGUGAUUCAGUCCUAUAUUCAAGGAUUGAAACGAGAAUUUGAGAUGCUCCAUAUGGCCAAGACUGACUCAAUUGUGGAUUUCACGAUGAAGUUCACAAAAAUCGUCUUCGAAUUGUGGAGUUUGGGAGAGGUGAUGGAAGAGCGAGAGACUGUGCGGCAUUUUCUGAGGGCGACGCCUUCAAAAUUCGACGCACUUACCUUGACACUGGAGCAGUAUAGUGAUCUGGACAAGGUGAACCUUGAUGAGGUAAUUGACUCUCUUACCAUUCAUGAGUUGUGGCUCAAGGAACUGGAAUCUCGUGAAGAGGAGUAGGCAUUAUUGGCCAAGGCGAUGGGCAAAGCGAAACUGACGAGUGAGGAGGAGUCCUCAUCUCGUGGAAGAGGCCGCCAUUGCAGCCGUGACAGAGGUAGAGGUAGAGGCAGAGACCGAGGACGGAAUCAGCCUCCAAAAGAAGAUAAGAAGACUUUUGACAAGUCAACAAUUCAGUGUUAUAAUUGCUAGAAGUUUGGUCACUUUGCAUAUGAAUGCAGAAGUGCUAAGAAAGAGAGGGAAGACCAAGCUUAUGUGGCGGACUCAGCCUCAGCAGUGGCAAGCACUUGCUCUGCCCUUGCUGCUACGUCAUCUCUUCUGAUGGCAAUUGAAGAUGCACAGAGUGACUUCCUCCUUCAAGGCUCUGAGGGUGAUCUCAGCAAUCCAGACCUAUGGUACCUUGACACUGGGGCCACAAACCACAUGACCGGGAGGAGCAGUUUCUUCACGAAUCUAGAUGAAACAACAUUUGGCUUUGUCAAAUUUGGGGACAAUUCUCGUGUGGAAAUCCAUGGCAGAGGCAAUGUGGUGGUUCCUCGGCAGGAUGGAGAGUAAAUUUACUUCGGUAAUGUUCUCUUUGUUCCUAAAUUAUGUGCUAAUAUUCUUAGUCUGAGUAAACUUGAUGAAGAAGGAUGCAAGAUGAUCAUGCACAGGGGACGCUUAACCAUUUAUGACUAGGAUGGAGCACCCCUAGCAGAAGUCUAUCGCAUGGAAGAGCGGUUCUAUUUACUCAAGCUCAAAGUGGAAGAAGAGUGUCUACUCACUAAAGAGGAUGAGAAUUUAAGUCGGUUAUGGCACUGAAGGUUUGGCCAUUUAAAUUUUCGUUCAUGAAGGGAAAUGUCGAGUAGAGCACUAGUGGAGGGACUUCCACUGAUCAGGGUACUUGAUCACAUCUGCCAAAGUUGUCUAGCAGGCAAGCAAUCUCGCACUCCAUUCCCUAAAGUAUCUGCUUACAGAGCUACUGCCCCUCUUGAGUUGGUGUUUAUAGACAUCUGUGGCCCAAUUAGCCCACUCACGUUAGGGGGAAGCUAGUAUUUCCUCCUCAUUGUUGAUGACUACUUGAGGCUAAUGUGGGUGGCUAUGCUCAAGCAUAAAUCUGAACCAUUUAGUCAAUUCAAGAAGUUUAAAAUACUGGCUGAAGCUAAGAAGGGGACAAAGCUCGGGUGUCUUUGGUCAGACAUAGGUGGAGAAUUUAAUUCUGAUGAAUUUAAUUCUUUUUGUGCUUCUCAGGGCAUUCAACAACAUUUGACUGCCCCCUACUCCCUGCAGCAAAAUAGAGUUGUGGGAAGAAAGAAUCGAACAAUUAUUUCCUUAGUCCGGAUCAUGUUGAAGGAAAAAGCACUACCUCAAGAAUUAUGGGGAGAGGCUGUAAGUACAGCAAUUUAUCUUCUUAAUUGGUCGUCUACUCACAAUUUGCAGAUGUUGACUCCUUAUGAGAAGUGGAUAGGCAAAAAGCCCUCAAUUGAGCAUUUGCGAGUGUUUGGCUCAAUUGUGCAUGUGAAAUGCACCAAAACUCCAUAGAAAAAACUUGAAGUUCGCAGCACCCCUAUGGUGUUCAAAGGCUAUGAAGUUGGCUCAAAGGCCUACCGCUGCUUUGACCCAAUUAAUGGCACAGUCCAUAUCAGCUGAGAUGUUGUUUUUGAAGAAGAUGCUUGAUGGAAUUGGGAAAAAAGAGGUGAGAAUGUUCCUAAGCUUAAAUUUUUUCCUAAUUUUUCUGCUGACCAAGGAAUGGAUGAGCCAAUUGUCCCCGAGGAAGAAGAUGAAGAGAGUCACUCUGAGACUCAAGAGCCAUUCUGGUUGCACACUUGAAUUCUGAAGAAAGUCAACCUGCAAGAUUCAAGUCCUUAG